UUCCAUUCUCUACAGGAGGGGUAACUGAUCGGUGGGUAUCCUGGGGUCCGCCGCGCCCGGGUUUCGCUUGGAAUCAUCACCUACAUAGUGAAGACGAAGUUUACCAGUACCAUGUCCUCCAGGAUUGGGCUUUGCCGGAUCACUAUCUUACUCGUCGGCCUGACAAGGUUCUUUUCCGAAUGCGGAGGCUGGAAGAGACAGGUUUCAUCGCAGGCCUGAAGAACUAUUGGGAAACAUGGAAUGAUUGCGCAAUCACAGAAGAGGAGAACACAGGCCACCUGCUCCUGCUCGAAACCAUUCCCGGUAUUCGUUACCGCAGUCGAAGGAAGCACCAGGAUGAGCACGCCGCUAGACAGUACUUUCGUAACGUCGUAGAGGCUAACGCAAACGGCACGCUGGAUCGACCGUUUCCUGGCGAACUCACUGGAAAUGACCCAGCGCAGAUCCUCCAAUUCCAGCACUCGCUUCGACUCAUACCAGAAGAGCAGCUUUCUGGCAUAGACUGGGAAAACCCUUUGGGAGCUGGUCAAAACGGUCGAGUAUUCAAGGCGAUAUGGAACAGGCCUCAUGAAGUUCUAGAGCAAGGGCCUGAUCAUAAAGCUGUCCUCGACGUCGUUUUGAAAGAAGUACUCCCUCGCCAAGGAUCCACGGAAAACCCCUUGAAGAAACUACUCAAAGAGCUUUAUCCCACGUAUAUCAGCCUGGGCUCAAAGCCGGUAGCGUGCAUUGACUUCCUGGGUAUUGCACGUCUGGCCGGCGGCCAGAAGGAGCAUUCGGACUCCUCGCGCGCCGCGACCGACAAAUACUAUCUUGUCUUCGAGCGAGCCACGGAAGGCAGCCUUCUGGUUUUCCUAGAGAAUGAACUUCGAGGGAAACGGUUCUUCAAAGCAUGGGACAAUGUCAUCAAUGCUAUAACAUCUAUAGCAUCCGGGUUGGCAACUCUCCAUAAACACAGUGUGUUACAUCGAGACCUCCAUGACGAAAACAUCUUGGUAACCCUUCGAGAGUACCCCAACGACCCUCAUCAGUUCGAAUACAAGGUCAUGCUCUCCGAUGUCGGAGAAGGCAAGAUGCUGUUCCCGUCUGCCGCGGACCCAGAUCUCCCGGAAGGGUAUUACGCAAGCUACGGAAACCCGGAGUAUCGCGCACCAGAGGUGCAAGGACCCUCUGGCUGGACUGAAGCUGCAGACGUGUGGUCAUUUGGCGUGAUUGCUGUUAAGCUACUGGAAAUGCGGCGCUCUAUUUGCGACGGCUCAUGCGCUAUCCCACCUUGGGUCCUUGAGGAGGUCCAGGAAGAGUACCCUGACAAGGAUUUCUCGCACACGUCUCGAGAUAUGGGGUUCAUUGUCCCACUGUCACUGAAGCGAGUCUUGGAGCCCUGUUUGAGACAUAAUCCAAACGAACGACCGGCUGCGCAUGCGGCGGCUAUGAGCCUGGAUGAGGUGAGUAUGGAGUUCUUCAACGACGAUGAGGAAGAAAAAGAAAAAAACCGGGAUGUGAAAUGGACGUACUGGGACUGGCGUACGACGAAAGCGGCCGGACGGACAGGCAAGGGCUUGGUACUGGGCAAGGUGAAGGAGAGCCUCGGUUCUCCUCUAGAUGCUAUUGAGGAACUAAGUCUGGGUAAAGAGCUGGAUCUAGAUUAAAUUAUCCACAUUAGAGUACUCACUACUGCACAAGAGAAGUGAAAAGAGGAGAGCUAAAAGAAAGACAUGCGUAACUUGGCAGCCACCUCUUUAUA